AUGACUCACCGUAAAUGGGGAAGGAGGCAAGGAGCAGCCAUCGCUGGUAGCGUGGAGACAGAAGUGGCGACAUGGUCCAUAGGGAAGAGGCACAGGCAGGAAAUUGGAGGUAGCUGGGUAGAGGCAGAGGUGGUGGCUGUGGACACAGCUACACAGAUCUAUGGUGAGCGUCAAGGUAGCAUGACUGUGCGUACGAGGUGGCUGCAUCUGUGCUGGCGGCUGCAGAGGCAGCUGCAUCUGUGGUGCAGAUGGGAAUCAGAGGGCGACAGAGCUGCACGUAGGGUUUUGUACGAAGGGAACAAGUGGUGCUUGAGACUGCAAGGUGUUCUUUGCACUGCAGAAACUUAUGACUUGUUGCAACAAUGCAAGCUGGAAAGGUUAAUGUUCAUAAGAAUUAUAUCAGAGCCAGAGGUUAAUGGUGCAUGUUUGCUUCUGAGCUGGCAUGCAGAGACAUUGCUUUCUCUUGAAUUCACCCACUGUCAGCUUUAUCCUACUGUCAUGGAUAAGAUUUGCAGGAGUGUGUGCCAGAAGGGAUCUCAAAGUCAUGGAAUCCAACGAUUUAGUAUUAAAUCGUCACAAAUCUGUGAAACCAAGCCUCUGACCAUCUCUUCUGGUCUGUUAAACUUUUUGUCAUCUGGCAAGUCGUUGCACCUGCUGUCACUUAAUGAUACUAAGAUGCAGUCAUCAUUUGCUCAGAUGAUUAUUCACACUCUCCUUGAGUCAUCAUGUGGUUUACACACUCUUGAGAUAUUAGAAAACAAUAUCGCAGGCUGGCUUUCAAAUGUGAACAAAAGUUCUACAAACUCAUUAGCGCUGAAAUCAGAUAUUUUUAUGAACUCCCUGUCCGCUCUUAACCUGAGGGAAAAUAAUUUGCAAAAGGAUGAUGUUGUAGAUCUUCACAAAAUUCUAAUAAAAAUUCCUAACUUAAGAGAUUUAGAUAUAAGUGGCAAUCCAAUCAUGGAUGAAGGUAUCAGAUCAUUGAUCCCUUUCAUUUUGUGGUCUAUUCAGAAGGAAGAUCCACUUUUGAGAUUAACAGUCGAGAACUGUGAGUUGUCUAGUAUUGGUGUGAUUUUACUUCUGGAGUGCCUAACAACUGUCAAGCAACCCCUUGAUGCGCUAUCUAUAGCUGACAAUCAUUUAGGGAGGCGAGUUUUCCAUGGCAGCUGCAUUGGCCAAAUUCUUGGUUCACAUGCAAGGGCGUUAAAUGCUGCAGAUAUUGGCUUAGGAACAUUAGGUUUCCAAAUACUUGAGGAAGCAUUACCAAUGGAGGUAGCUCUUUCCCACAUCAACAUCAGGUAG